CUUUGUCCCUCCAAAGUUACUUCAGCCAUAAUUCACUUGCCAUGGCCGUUCCCUUCGCCCUGGUUUUCUUCGCCGGAGUUGUUCUCGCAGGAGCUUCCAGGGAGCUCCGUCCAUCGGAACAUGGCCUUACCUUCCAGACACUCUCACCGGCGGGGGCGCAUUCCUCACCGGAGAUGCGCUCCUUCUUCAACAGCGUCAAUGCCUCGCCGGCCAUGUCCUCCUCCUCCGACGUUGCAUUGCCGCGGGCCAUGGACUCCGGCGAAGCCUCCCCGCCUACGUGGUGGCAUCCCGCCGGAGGCCAUGGCGGAGAUGGCAUGGGGAAGGCGCUGACGGUGGCGAGCCUGGUCUGCGGCGUGGCCGGCGCGGUUCUGCUGGUGGCUUCGGCCUUGAUCUAUUUGUUCAAGCACCGAAACAAAAAGCAGAAGAAGCUAAACGCGGCGUUUGGCGUCGAGAAUGGGAAUGGAGGUGAAAAUGAUGAAAUGGAGAACAACAAAUUGCAAUUGGUGGUACGCAACCCCUAGAAUUGCGCUCUAUUGUUCAUAUUUUGAUUUUGAUUUUUCAUUGCUUCCUUCAUUUUUCUCAGUAGUGUUGUAUGAUUAAUUCCACGUUGCAUGUAAAGCAUAGAGUAACGGUGUUAGAUUUAUGACUUAA